AUUUCCUUUUUUCUAAAUGAAUUUUUAAUCACACACUUUAAUUUGUAACACUUUUCUUCAAUUCAAAAAAAUCAAAUAUGCCAUGGGACAUGAAUAUAUGGGUAAAAUAGUAAUUUGCGAUCUUCGCUUUCUUUCUCCUUAUUUUCCUUUCCUCCAUUCAAAUCCUAUGAAAUGAAUUUAGGAAGAUCGAUUUUUUUUUUCUUCCUAAUUUGUUUCCUUAAGAGACAAAAAUAAAUUAUCUUAGGGCCUUUUUUUUCGGUUGGAAAUCUAAAAUUGGAUGGCCCAAUUUCCACUUCAGUUUUAAUCCGACGUUCCAAUUUCAAAGCAGUCAGUGGCAAAUUUGUAAUAAAGAUGAUGGGUAUUUAUUAUUUUAUUUUACAGUUUAAUCUCUUCAACUGCCCAAAAUCGAGAGAAAGGAGCAACCACGAUGAUGCAAUUCGUCCCUUAAAAUCGAUGCUCAUAACCAGUGAUCAAAACAGUCACAGCCAAACUCCUUUCAACCGCCGACCUGCUUCUUCCCUCGCAACAACUAACUGAUGCAGAUAUCCAAACAGGGAGGGACGCUGCUGGCUCAAGCACCGACAAACAAACCUAUAGUCGUCCAAAAGACCAAAGCGACGGUGGACAAAGAACAACUGAACAACAUGCAGACAAACCUAGCGAUGGCAGCGACCCGCUCCUUAAAUUGAGGAUAUCAACAAUGAUUUGCAUACGAGAAAUCGGUAAUUCGAUCUUCUUCUUUAAAAUUUUCUUUUGUUUCUCAAAUCUUUACUGACAAGUUUACUUCAAAUUUGAAUUUCUUAAAAGACGAUUGACUUUCUUUAAGAGCUGGGGUACGUCAAAGAAGGAUAUUUAAAAAAAGAUGAUUUAACAUAGGUUUUAGGUUUAGAGAAUCUGAUUCGGCUUUUUACACAAAUUUCAAGGUAUGUCCAAACUGUAAAUUCUCUCCUAAUUGCUUAUUGUGAAAUUUACAUGCUAAGGACAUUGAAUUACAAGAACAUUAUGAAGUUUUGUACAUCAUGGGUUGAUACAGGAAAUAAGAACAUUUUUUAAUCAUUGUGUUGGUAUUCUACUCUAUGUUCUAGACAGACAACUACUUCAAUUAACAUCUUUAAUGCUUUACAAAAUUCACAACUCUGUUUAAAGAGACAGGUAGAUGUUUGUCUAUAUGCUUGAGUGGCUGGUUGGAAUUGAAAUUAAAUAUUGAUGUGCUUGCGUUUUUGCUCUUAAUCUAUUUGAAAGCAUGUGUUGUAAAUUAUCCUGUUUUGUCGAUGCUCUUGAAAAACACUGCCCUGUUUUGGUUGGAUAUUCAUACUGAUUCAUGUUCCUUAAGUUCUUAUUUGUUUUGCAACUAAAUCCGGAGGUAAAAUAUGAUCUCUAGCAACUGAACCUGGAGGUAAAAGAUGAAUCAUACCUCACGAAUUUAUUGAAAGUAGUGGCAUAAACACCAAGACUAUAUUUUUCUCAUGAAACAGAUGUAACACUGAUGUAAGCCUAUAGCUAACCUAUAACCCAUUUGGCUUUAGUUGGUUUUUAUACCUUUCAAUAAAUCCCACUAUUUUUUUAUGAAUCUGAUACUCCGUAAUGUUUAUCAGCUUGUAGAGAAGAGACAAAUUGGCUAAAGGUUGGAUAAGAAAGCCAGUAUGGAAACAACUGUGUUCUUAUUGUUUUAUAUCAGCUAUAUAGACAUACUCUUGCAGUAGCGUUUUAUGUUCAUUAAAGUAGUUUUGGUAAAUUUGUUAAAAUACAAGUUGGAAAACCAAGUGGUACGAUAAAAUGAAGAGAAGGGCCUGGAAGAUCCGGUGCCCCUAGAAGAGUUUUACCUGAGGUUUUUCUUCGAUCCCGGUUGCCGCUGCCGAUUGAAAGUGUCGUGCAGCCCGUGCUCUCAACCGCAUUCCGUCCUUGAAGAUAAUCGGUUAAUACCCUACAUCCGAACAAGAUGAAUCGGUCCUUGAAGAUGGACAACCCGUUACAGCUCGUGUAAGAUGUAGAAGGUGGAGGUCAUCGUUGCAGGAGUUCAAUCAAUUGCUCAUCAUCUUUCACGGGAUUGACGCAGUAGAUAAGGCAUUAUUUUUUUUCAGGUUUUAAAUUCAAUGCCUCCAAUUGCAGAAUCAUUGUCGGCAGCCGAUUAUUAUUCUUAUCCUAAUGAUGCUUCGAAGGUUCGGGUUGCCCAUCAGGGCAUUCCUGGGACAUAUGGUGAGGCAGCUGCACUUAAAGCAUAUCCAAUGUGUGAGACUGUACCAUGUGACCAAUUUGAAGCUGCAUUUAAGGUUGGAUUGUUUACAAUGAAGAAUACAUUGAUGGUAUUUAAACUAACUUGAGAUUCACAAAACCUUAAUUGCUCUUGUGGUUUGUUUUUAAAAAAUCGGGCUGUAGAACUUGGACUGCAGCUCACAUUAUCCUCCUUUAGUUUCAGUUUCUGGACAAAUUUUAUAUACCCAUUUUAAAGAUUUUCUGGAACUGGUUCGUAAUACGGUCCCGUCUUCUUAUGAAAAUUCUGUUUUCAAGAUCUCGUAUAUGUCUAAUUCAUCCUCAAGGCAUGUCGUCAUUGAAGAUGAUGUGAGCCUUCUCGCCUACCUUCGUUUGAAGAGCACCUAUCCCUCUUUACGCGAAUUCCCUUUGUGUGUGGAAGUGUAUCAUUUCACAGAAAUGGGCGUGUCUGAUUCAGUCCCCACCGAAGGUCUGCAGACAUUACCAGGUUAUGAUUGUGAGGUAAACUCAACUACCCAGGAAGAAACUGAUUCGGAUGGCUCAAUGCGUGAUGUUCUAGGAAACGAAACCACUAUCUGCCGAGACAACAUCUCAUCACAGUGUGAUUUGUCUAAGGAGUCAUUAUUUGUCACCUAUAAUGUAGACGAGAUUUCUAUGCAUAAUGACCAUGAUAGAGAGUUGGUUUCCUGAAAUUCUAUUGACUCCAAUCCGUCUGGUUAUGUGAUGUCCCAGCAAGAAAUUGACUCAUUGAAGGAAAUGCAUGUUACAUCUCGGUUUGAUCCAACCAGGAUUGUCGUUGGUGCCAUAUACUCUAGCAAAAUGGACCUCGAUUAUCAUUUGAAGAUGCUUGCAAUUUCCGACUGUUUCCAGUACCGG